UCUCCCCGCGCGUGCGCAGCUCACACUGUCUCGCUUAAUGUUUUUGUUUUAACGAACGCUGUCGUCUGUCUGUUAUCGCAAAAUGGAAACGACAGGUCUAACGUUAACGAUAGCGAUGAGCCUCGUCUCGCUUCUUUUCGCCUCGGUGACGUGCACGGAGUCUUCACCCAGACAACUGAACACGGUAAAGUGUCAACAGCAGCGUACUGAGCCAAACCCCGGUGAUGUUGAUGAAAACAUCCUGAUCAAUGUGACGGCGGGGACGCUCGCAGAUACGCAGCUGCAAGACUCCAACAACCUGCAGAUCAAUUUGAACAUAUCGGUGGGCGAAGAGCAGGUUCUGGUCAAUGACAUCCCGGUAGAGCUGUCGGGGGUCACCAGGUUCAACUGUCAAGCACUUCUCUUAGACGGCAUCAAUGGAAGCAGUGAGUUUGAAUCCGGGGACUUGGUGUCCACGGUCACUCGGGUGAUGGUGAGCCAGAACCGGCUGUACAGCGACUCAGAGGAGGUGGUGGCUCUGCAGGUGUUAAGUGAAGUGAUCGAGAUGGAGGGCAAGGAGGUCCAGCAGCCGGACAUGUGUGAGGUAAAAAUCCUGAUGAGCCCAGAUUUCCAGAAGCUGGCUCAAUUUACGAACAUCUACCCCAUCGGACACAGCGAGAUCUUCAGGAUUCCUAGGGAGAACGACGUAGUUGUCACAGAUUCGCCAAAUCCCAGAAAAGACGAAGAGCAGCUGAUUUCCCAGACCACCAGCCAGUACCCCCUGAAACACACAGAGACAACGCAGGAGGAGAUUGCUGCACCGGGAAAGCUCCCAGAGACCCCGCUUCGCAUGGACCCUGACCUGCUGUACGACGUCAGAUACGACGAUGAUUUCGAUGUCCGGGAGCCGAGCCAGCCGGACCAGAUUCAGAUGGAAACUCCGCCCAAAGAAUCCAUAUCCUCUUACUCUGCCAUGUGCCAGUGGGUGGAGGGAGUGAGGGAGCGUCUGAGGCGCUUCAGCUCCGAGUCGCUGCCUCUUUUCUUCCUGGUGAUGUGGGUGGUGGUGAUCGGCGUCGUCGGGUCAGCGGUCAUCGUCAAGAUCUUGGACAUGUUCUUCCCGACCUGUGAACACAAGCACAUUUUUCAUCUCAACCCUGUCACACUUAUGCCGGAGGACGAGAAGCAAACUCUGCUGGAGAGCAUAGAAAUUGAGGAAGAAGAGGAGGAGGAAGAGAAACCUUGAAUGAUAAUUGACUUGGCCAGUUCCUUUCAGUUUCAGUUUGUUCUUAUUUGUUCUUUAAACCUUGGUUACUGUAAAACAUU